AGGAUGUGACGUUACAUUUACGCAACAAUUUCUAUUGGCUGAUUCUGUAAAGUGACGCUCAGUCUUCAAAGCACCAAUGAACCGCAGGAGAGUGCCUCGUCGCAUCUCUCUCUCUCAGAGGAGGGGUGCACCAGCAGGAGGAGAAUGGAGACAGAGGAAAGAAGAACAGUGGCGAGGCCAAGGCAAAGCACAGGCGGAGGAGGAUGAGAGUUGUGAACAGCAUGGAAAAGAAGCCGUGCCCAGGGGGACCUGCCAGACCAUGUGCCCUGCUCGUGAGCUGCAGGACCGUGAGGUGCAGAACCGCCUUCACCGUUUUGAGAUCUUGGCAGGCACAGAAAGAGUUCGACGGCCCAGAGGAGACCCCUUGCGGGCUGUCAAAGAGUAUUCCAGACCAGCAGCUGGAAAAGACUCAACAAACCCCACUGACCUCCGUCCACCUGCUGUUUUGCUGAAAACUGUGUGUUACCUUAUUGAUGACAUUGCUGCGUCCCCUCACCUGCACCCAUGGACUGAGGUGUACAGCUUUGUCUUUGAUCGGCUGCGUGGCGUGAAGCAGGACAUGAUCAUUCAGAGGGUGUCUGGGUUGAAAUGUGUGGCCAUUUUAGAGCGGACGGUGCGUUUCCUUAUCUAUGCCUCAUAUCGGCUUUGCGGUGAGCCCCUGCGGCUCUACGACCCACGCAUUAACGACACACACCUACAGGAGAGUCUGAGCUGGCUGUUGGAUUGCUACGCAACUGAAACGGGGCCGCAUCCCAACCAGGAAGAGUUCCAAGCUCUUGGUCUGCUGUACAAUUUGGGUUCAUCUCGUGCCACGCAGCACAUCAUGGAGCUCUCGGAGCGGCUCCGCAGCUCUCCUGCCAUCGCACUCGCUCUUUCCAUCAACCGAGCUUUUCUGGAGCGAAACCCCGUGCGUAUGCUCCGAUUGGCUCGGAGGUUGAACUUCAUACAGGGCUGCGCUCUGCACCGUCACCUGGUGACGUGUCGAAGAGAUCUGCUGCUCAUAUACAGCCACGGAUACUGCAGCCGCAACUGUCGCUUUCCUCUCGACGGACUGGCUCAGCUCUUGUCCUUAGACACGUCACUCGCAGCCCGACUCUGUCGGGCGUAUGGAGUGGAUGUUAAUCAGGGCAACCAAUUGGUUUUCUCCAAGGCUGCUUUCACUGAGCCUGAGAAGGGGAAACUGCAUUGUCAAACGUAUCACAACAUAGUGGCAGAGAAACAGAAAGAUCUCAGUGUUGGGAACAUCAUUCACGGUUGCGUUUGACAAAUAAAGAGUAAAUCAGUAAUACAAGUAAUGAUUGGUACCCAUAGGGUGUGCUCCUCUUCCUCCACAGGGAGACCAGUGCUACUGGCAGGGAUUUAAAGUCUAGUUUAAUAACACUUCUGCAGUGGUUUCAUCUUUCUACUCUUGUUAGCUUAUUGGAUUUGAGCCUUGGGGCAUCUUUCUAGGACACAUGUUCAACAUAAUGGUUCAGCAGUGAAAGGUUCCCUUUUUGGUUCUAGAGGUGCUUUUUAAUCCUGAUCAUGCAUUUGGUGCAUUAAGAUGUGAAUUUCUUUAAUAUUGUUACUGGUCAUGUUACGGUUUAAAUGUUAUGUUAAUUUCAUACCAUGUUUUUUAUUUUUUUUAAGCAUUUCAGAAAACCUACUGUGCAACAGUGUUAUUCUCAUUAAUGCAGUACCUCAGAAGUAUUUAAAUAAAUGUUUUGUUAC